AUGACAUUGCAAACACACAUCCACGUCUCGAGCGAGCAGGGCCUAUCCAGCAUUACUACCUUGAUUGUAGGCAGUAAAAGUGCUGCCCUCAUCGAUCCUCCUUUUCUGAUCCCGGAUGCCAAAUCUAUCGUCACUUGGAUUAAAGACAAGACAUCUCUGCCAUUGAGAGCAGUAUUUGUGACCCACCACCAUCCCGAUCACUUCUUCUCUGCCAACCCUAUCCUCGAGGCCUUCCCAGACUCAAGAUUCUUGGCUGCACCAUACGUUCGUGCAGGAAUUGAUCGCGAGUAUGAGGAGAAGGUCAAGUACUGGCCAUUGGUGAUGGGAAAGGAGAUGGUGCCUGAGCAGCCAAGGAAGCCCGAUGUAUUCGAGCAUAGCUUCUUCGUGCUUGAUGGAGAUGAGCAGUCGCCGAUAUGUCUGCUUGGUCCGGUGCAGGGUGACUCGAUAGAUCAGACAUUGUUCUGGUUGCCAACGGAGAAGACGAUCGUUUGCGGUGAUGUGAUAUAUGCGAGGAGCACGCACGUCUGGGCGGCCGAGAUAGAAACACCACAGAUCUUGCACGCGUGGCAGAAAUCGCUUGAUCUCAUCGCAUCUCUGAACGCCACCAAGAUAAUCCCAGGACAUCUGGAAAGUGGCUGGGAAAUGGACGGUCAAGCUGAUCUGGCACACACUCGUAAAUAUCUGCAGCUCUUCGACGACCUCAUUCAGAACGCUUCUCAGCAGCACGAAGUCGAUGAACUGUAUCGAAAGUUCAAGGAAGCCUUCCCUAAAGCUGAUAAGAAUCUCGACUUCUUCCUCGGCCAACUUAGCAAUGCUUUCGGCGCUGGGGGUAAAAAAUGGGAAGAAAAUAGACACCAUAAUGUUGAUCAGCGUACGAAGGAGCAACUUGAAGGAUUCAUCAUCUGA